GUGCUCAUCUCUCAUCUUUCAACUCUCAACUCUCAACACACAGAGAGAGAAAGACAGAGGCAAAGAAUAAAGUAAAGCCAACAAAAAAAAAACUUGAUAAGAAUAUUGGACAAUGCCAGCCUUUUUAUGUUCUUCCUCUCUUCCCCUCUGAUCUCCCCUCAAUCUCUUGAUACAAAAACUCCCAUCAAAUUCUGGGAAUUUGGGCUUUCAAAAAAUUCAAACUUUUUUUAUGGGAUUUUCUUGAAAAAUAUAUUGAGUAAAAAGCCAUGAAGAACAGAGGUGGAGGAGAGCAGUUUUCAAGAAGUGUUAUAUCUCAAAAAUGGGUUCUUUUUCUCUGCCUUGGUAGCUUUUGUGCUGGACUGCUCUUCACCAACAGGAUAUGGAUCAUUCCAGAAGCAAAAGGCGUGGCUAGAACGACAGCGUUUGAAUCCGAGAGGCUAAAGCUUGUAGCAGAAGGCUGUGAUCCAUCGUUCAGCAGUGUGAAAAGUGUGCCAAAGAAAAUCUUCAAAGAAGUUUCCAACACUCAAAAUAUUGAUAUGAAGACAACGCUUGACAAGACCAUUUCCUCGUUGGAGAUGGAGCUGGCUGCAGCCAAGGCAGCUCAUGAAUCCAUCUUGAGUGGCGCCCCCGUGUCUGAAAACGACAAGGGUUCGACUAAGAGAAGGAAGUACUUCAUGGUUGUUGGAGUCAACACUGCCUUCAGCAGCAGGAAAAGGCGAGAUUCAGUUCGUGCAACGUGGAUGCCACAAGGAGACAAACGACGAGCAUUGGAAGCAGAGAAGGGGAUUGUAGUCCGCUUUGUCAUUGGCCACAGUGCUACUUUAGGAGGAAUACUAGAUAGAGCCAUUGAGGCCGAAGAUCAGAAGCACGGGGACAUCAUGAGGCUGGAUCACGUCGAAGGCUAUCUCGAGCUCUCUGCCAAGACUAAGGCCUACUUCGCCACUGCUGUCUCGUUGUGGGAUGCAGAGUACUACGUGAAAGUCGAUGAUGAUGUCCAUGUCAAUAUAGCAACGCUCGGUGAGACACUAGCAAGGCACCGGAGGAAGCCUCGUGUUUACAUCGGAUGCAUGAAAUCCGGCCCUGUCCUCUCUCAGAGGGGAGUGAGGUACCACGAGCCCGAGUUUUGGAAGUUUGGAGACAACGGGAACAAGUACUUUCGCCACGCGACCGGGCAGUUAUACGCCAUAUCAAAAGAUCUAGCAACCUACAUCUCAGUAAACAAGAAUGUUUUGCACAAGUUUGCGAACGAGGACGUCUCUCUCGGGGCUUGGUUCAUAGGGCUCGACGUGCAACACAUAGACGACCGGAGACUGUGCUGUGGGACGCCUCCAGAUUGCGAAUGGAAGGCGCAGGCGGGGAACGUUUGUGUUGCUUCGUUCGACUGGAGCUGCAGCGGGAUAUGCAGAUCGGUGGAUAGGAUAAAGGAGGUUCAUAGAAGAUGUGGUGAAGGUGAAGAGGCUGUGUGGAAGGCUAAGUUCUGAGAGUUAGUAUAUGUAUAGAGAGAGAGGGGCUUUGCAAGAACUUCUCCAUUUUAGAAGAGAAGUGUUUAGCUGCAAAAUGCAGCUAAGGAAGCAAAGAAGCACUUCUGCAUUGAGAGCUAAAAGGUUAAGUUGGAGUUGAGAGAUUGAAGAAUUGUGCCACAAAAUGUUGAGAUCAUAUGUGUUAUGAUUAAAUUCUUGUGUUUUUCUUUUUCC